AUGGCCGAACAAAAGCAAUCAGAGGUCGACCUCGCGACCCGAAUGCAGGUUGACGAAUCUGUUAUUGGACAUAACGAGAUCGACGAAUCCCUCUACAGCCGACAACUCUAUGUCUUGGGCCACGAGGCCAUGAAGCGCAUGGGUGCUUCCAACGUCCUUAUCGUUGGUCUCAAAGGUCUUGGUGUAGAAAUCGCCAAGAAUAUUGCUCUGGCUGGUGUCAAGAGCCUUACUCUCUACGACCCCGCCCCAGUUCAGAUCGCCGACCUCUCAUCUCAGUUCUUCCUCACUCCUAGCGAUGUCGGAAAGCCCAGAGAUGAGGUCACCGUCCCUCGCGUUGCUGAGCUAAAUGCUUAUACACCCGUCAAGCUUCACCAGUCACCUGGCCUUGACGGUGAACUCUCACAAUUCGACAAGUACCAGGUUGUCGUUCUGACCAACGCACCUAUCCACCAACAAAAGGCCAUCGCCGAUUACUGCCACAGCAAGGGAAUUUAUGUUGUCGUUGCUGACACGUUCGGACUUUUCGGUUCCGUUUUCUGCGAUUUUGGCGAAAAGUUUACAGUUAUCGACCCUACCGGCGAGACUCCUCUUAACGGUAUCGUUGCAGGUAUUGACGAGGAAGGCCUGGUGUCUGCCCUCGACGAAACCCGACACGGAUUGGAAGACGGCGACUACGUGACAUUCUCCGAGGUCGAAGGUAUGGAGGCUCUCAACGGAGCCGAGCCCAGAAAGAUCACGGUCAAGGGACCUUACACUUUCUCGAUCGGCGACGUUUCUGGUCUAGGCCAGUACAAGCGAGGUGGCAUGUACCAGCAAGUCAAGAUGCCUAAGAUCGUCAACUUCAAGGACUUUACCACAUCUCUUAAGGAGCCCGAAUUCCUUAUCUCCGAUUUCGCCAAGUUCGACCGACCUCAACAGCUCCACCUGGGCUUCCAGGCCCUCCAUGCUUUCCAACUUACUCAUAAGCGACUUCCCAACCCCAUGGAUGAUGAUGAUGCACUUGUAGUCUUGGGUGCCGCUAAGAAGUUUGCUGAGCAGGAAAGUCUCGAAAUUGAGCUUGAUGAGAAGCUUCUGAAGGAGCUGAGCUACCAAGCUCAAGGUGACCUCAACCCUAUGGCUGCCUACUUUGGUGGUCUAGUGGCGCAAGAGGUUCUCAAGGCAGUUUCCGGCAAGUUCCAGCCUAUCAACCAAUGGAUGUACUUCGACUCUCUAGAGUCCUUGCCUACAUCUACCAAGCGAACUGCUGAGCUCUGCAAGCCUAUCGGUAGCCGAUACGAUGGCCAAAUCGCUGUUUUCGGUACCGAGUACCAGAACAAGAUUGCCAACCUGAAGCAGUUCCUUGUCGGUGCCGGCGCCAUUGGUUGUGAGAUGCUGAAGAACUGGGCUAUGAUUGGUCUGGGCACGGGUCCGGAAGGCAAGAUUUGGGUCACUGAUAUGGACUCUAUUGAGAGAAGUAACCUGAACCGACAGUUCCUCUUCCGUGCCGAUGAUGUCGGCAAGAUGAAGAGUGACCGUGCUGCUCUUGCCGUCCAGCGAAUGAACCCCGACCUUGAAGGCCACAUGAUUACCAUGAAGGAGCGCGUUAGUGCCGAGACCGAGAGUGUUUUCAACGAGGACUUCUGGCGAAACCUGGACGGUGUCACCAACGCUCUCGACAACGUUGAGGCCCGCACCUAUGUCGACCGUCGAUGCGUUUUCUUCCAGAAGCCUCUUCUUGAAAGUGGUACUCUCGGAACCAAGGGCAACACACAAGUUGUUCUCCCCCACCUCACCGAGUCUUACUCCUCUUCUCAGGACCCCCCUGAGAAGGAGUUCCCCAUGUGUACUAUCCGAAGUUUCCCUAACAAGAUUGAUCACACCAUCGCUUGGGCUAAGGAGUACAUGUUCGAGAAGCUUUUCGUCAAGGCCCCUCAAACCGUCAACCUGUACCUUACUCAGCCCCAGUUCAUCGAGAACUCUCUGAAGCAGGGCGGCAACCAUAAGGAGACCCUCGAGACCAUUCGUAACUACCUUACAACCGAGAGGCCCCGAACCUUUGAGGACUGCAUUGCUUGGGCUCGUCAGCUUUUUGAGUCCGAGUUUUCCAACAAGAUCCAGCAGCUUCUUUACAACUUCCCCAAGGAUUCUACGACCUCAACUGGCACUCCUUUCUGGUCCGGACCCAAGCGAGCUCCCGAUGCGCUCAAGUUUGACCCCAACAACCCCUCUCACUUUGGGUUCAUCGUUGCCGCAGCCAACCUCCAUGCUUUCAACUACAAUAUCAAGUCUCCAGGAACUGACAAGUCUAUUUACCUGCGCGAAUUGGAAAACGUUAUCGUCCCCGACUUCACUCCCGACUCCAAUGUGAAGAUCCAGGCGGAUGAUAAGGAGCCUGUCGAGGCCGAAGCUAGCAACUUCGACGAUGACGACGAAACUAAAAAGUUGGCCGACGCCCUGCCUUCUCCCAGCUCUCUGUCUGGAUUCCAGCUGGUUCCUGUUGACUUUGAGAAGGAUGAUGACUCGAACCAUCACAUUGAUUUCAUCACUGCUUGCAGUAACUUGAGAGCCGAGAACUACAAGAUCGAGCCCGCUGAUCGACACAAGACCAAGUUCAUCGCUGGAAAGAUCAUUCCCGCUAUUGCCACAACCACUGCGUUGGUUACCGGUCUGGUUGUGCUUGAGCUCUACAAGAUUAUCGAUGGCAAGGAUGAUCUUGAGCAGUACAAGAACGGUUUCAUCAACCUUGCACUGCCUUUCUUUGGUUUCAGUGAACCAAUUGCCAGUCCCAAGGUGGAAUACCAGGGACCUGAUGGCAAGGUUACCUUGGACAAGAUCUGGGACCGCUUUGAGAUUGAGGACAUCACUCUGCAAGAGCUUCUGGAUACCUUCAAGGCCAAGGGACUGAGCAUCAGCAUGCUGAGCUCCGGCGUCAGUCUUCUUUACGCCUCUUUCUUCCCUCCGUCUAAGCUUAAGGAGCGAUACAGUCUCAAGUUGAGCCAGUUGGUUGAGACAAUCUCCAAGAAGCCUAUUCCUGCUCACCAGAAGGAGGUUAUCUUUGAGAUUGUGGCCGAGGAUCUCAACGAUGAGGAUGUAGAGGUGCCUUACAUCAAGGUCAAGGUUGCAUAA